AUGCAACUCAAGGCUUUACUUCUCCACUUCUUAGGUUUGCAAUUACUUAAUGUAACAAAGGCUGACCACUUUAGGGGAGGCACAAUCAGUUGGAAAUCAACAGGAAAUGGAUAUGAGGUCCAAUUUUCCUUUCGACUUGGUUGGAGGUAUGGAGCGGGGCCAGGAUGCAAUACUUCUCGUAUCGGACAACUUGUAACUGGAAUGAGUUCAUUGUAUUGGCGAUGUACAUCUGGAUGCACUCCAGCUGUAAACCUCGACAAUGUCAAUUAUAUCUGCACUGGUGCUAGUGUGUCUGGAAACUGGGAACAAGGGGAGAGAACUUUUACAUAUACAUUUCCAGGCCCUGGUCCAUUCAAAGUUGAGUUCACUGGCGGUGCAUGGGUGACAUUAAGUAAUCGACCUGGAGGUAGUUGGUCUAUUGGAACAAUAGUUAAUUUGAAACAAAGAAGUGAUACUCACAAGCCAAAUACUAGUCCAAUUACUACAGGAAAACCUAUGUAUAUAGUACAAUACAACUGUCAAAGUGACAUUCGAAUCCCUGUUGCUGAUGCUGACGGGGAUGACAUUCGAUGUCGCUGGUCAACUGGAACAGAAUGUGCCUCUAUAUGUAAUGCACUGCCUUCUGCUACUAUCGAUAGUAGAACCUGCACUAUUAAAUUUCCAUCUAAUCACACACAAAAUGGGAUCUUUGCUGUAGCUGUCACAAUGGAAGAUUUCCCAAAAUCGACGAUUUCUAUUGGUAGUACUGCCUACGGACCGAACACUCCCAUAUCUUCCGUUACAUUACAG